AUGAUGUACAUCGAGGACCCUGCCGAGAUUGCUGCGAUUGCGACCGAGUUCAUCUCAAACCUUGACAAUCUGCCGCAAGAGGUUAGUCACCUCGUCAAGGAGAUCGAGCACAAGGAUGUCAAGAUUCAAGACCUCAUGCCGAAGAUCGCAGCCAGGGAAGCUCAACUCAGGGAGCUGCUGCAGAAAAGCGGGAGUGGACUGGCCAACCCAGCGGGCAAUCUUUCGGAAGCGGACCGCGUCAAGGCGGACAAGCUGGCGGAAAAGAUCCGAACCGACUAUGGACGAGCGGACGAGUGGGGCUCGCAGAAGGAGGCACUGAGCCUGCGUCUGUGGCGCUCGAUCCAUGCGCAUCACAAGCAUCUGAAGGAGGAGAUGGCCAAGAUCAGCCCGUCGGUGCUGAACAACUAUGCGUCGACAGCUUCGAUCGGCACACCGCAAGUGCCGUCGUUGUCUGGGCUCCCCGCAGCGCUGGCUGGGCUCAAGAGUCCUGCGGUGGAGCUCGACUCGCCACUGGCUGGCCUCAAGCGCAAGGGUAGCCUGCUGUCGCCCGGCGUUGGAACGCUCACACCCGGCACACCGAUGAGUGCCGCCGCGCGAGCUCGAGCUGGCGGUCGCACUACGCCGGGCGAAGGGUCGCCUGCUCCCCCCGAACGGGGCCUCGGGAGCUCGAUUCGCGGUGUCGGAGGCGGUCGCAAAGCACGCGGCGGAUCGCUGUCGGUGAGUGGACCGGGUCGAUCGGCGUUGUCGCAAAGCACCGAGUUUGGCUCGCUCGGCGGGCUGGAGGGCUUCGAGGGAGAAGGUGGCGAGGGCGAAGAGGGCGAGGAGAAGGACGAUACGCCGUACUGCUUCUGCCAGCGCGUGUCGUUCGGCGAGAUGAUCGGAUGCGACAACGCCGAAAACGACCCGGACUGCAAGGAGUGGUUCCACAUUGGCUGUGUGGGCGUCACCAAGCCGCUGCCGCAGAAGUGGUACUGCUCGGAAUGCCUGGCGAAGCUCAAGAACAAGCGUCGACGUCAGUAA